AUGGGGAUCACCAGAGAGGUGGUUCAGAGAGCUAGAGAGAAGAACAUCUUGAAGGAUGAAGAUAUGGUCAAGCCCAAGGAAGCCAAACCCCAAACCCCUCCACCUAAGCCAAGGUACACAAGGAGUUCCACACCCUCCUCUGAUUCUCAAAUACCACCCAAUUCACCUAAGCCUCAAGCCCAUCCAUCCGAUGGAGUAGUGAAGAGGAAGAAAGAGCAACCACAUAGAGUUUAUGUAGAAGCCCCUGUAAAAGAAGAGGAAACUAAAUCUGAUGAAGUAGUAAAAGAAGUGAAGAAAAGUACUACAUCUGCUAGGGUUGUCAAGAGGAAACUAUUAGAUGAGGGGAAACCUAGCAAGAAGCCAAGAGAUGAAGUGGAAAUCUGGAAUAACACUCAAGCAAGUAAAGGAAGCAAUAAUUGA